AUGCUCCGGGAGGCUAUCUCGGGAACUUCAGACAUCCUCUGCACUUGCGAGCGUGGUGAGGAUGGCAAUCCGAGCCCUCCGCCACCCCCGGCAGAGUCUACUUGCUAUGCGGAGCUUUCUGGCCUGGCAGAGGACGAGGGCGGCGCCGUCGGCGAGGUUGACACGAGAUCUUUGUCGGAGUGCCAGCGCGGCUGCAGCGAGAAUGCGGAGUGCAACAGUAUCUCCUUCUGUAGGGAGUGGGGCUGCUGGAUGAAGUCUCGCAGCUUCUCUGGAGGGGAGCCCACCCAAACGAAGGGGUCCUGCAGGACGUACUUCAAGACAUCGUGUGCCGCCACCACCACAGCUCCCGCGGGAACGGGUGGCAGUGGCAGCGGCUAUUUCAAGCUGAGGGUCGUCUCCUACAACAUCUACUGGUGGAAUGCCUUCGACCAGAACCCGUGGAAGAGUGAGCAGAUCAUCGCCAACAUCAACAACAAGCUGGUGCCAGAUGCCAUCGGACUGCAGGAGUGUGACUCUCCCUCCAGGAUCCAGGACUCGACCGGCCUGGCUCGGGCUUCUCGCUUCGCCGGAGCUCAGGGUGUGAUGAUGGAUCCGGCCCGGCUGCGGGCGGUCCCCGGCACUUCGGGCUCCGAGGAUCUGCGGGCCACAGGCAAGUGGGGGCCCAGACACGUCACGUAUGUCCAGCUUGCCGACAGAGACACAGGGAGGACAUUCUGGAUCUUCAACACCCACUGGUGCGUGGCCAGCGGCAAUGGCCGAACCUGCAACGAAGGCGUGCGCUACACGGGGGCCAAGAACAUGCUGAACGUCAUCCGCGAGAAGGCUGGAGAUUCGCCUGUGGUGGUGACUGGUGACUUCAACGCUAACAUGAACGAGAGGGGGCCUCAGCACUUCUUGCAAAAUGGCUUUAAGCUGGCUAUCGUUGAGUGGGUGGAUGCCAUUUUCUAUUCGGAGCGCCACUGGAACCUCGUGGCCCAGGGUAAGGGCGACAGAGCACAAAGUGACCAUCGUCCUGUCUACGCAGAGCUCGAGCUCUUGUAA